CCUAUUUUGAAAUAAUCUCUUUAAUCUGUGGCAUAAAUAAUUUACAAACUUUUUGUGUACAAUAAAAACUAAAAAAUAUAGUAUUUAUAUUGAAUAUGCCUAAAUCCAAAGAACAAAACGUCUUAUCAAGGAAACGACCUAGUAAUAGUGGGACUAUAAAUUCGAAAAAUGUUCCACCCAAGAAAAAAAAAUCUUUGGUUAAGACUUAUCAUGAAAAUAGUAUCACAAAAUCUAAGCAACUUAUACAAAAACUGAAAGUUACUAGUAGCAAAUCUAGUGGGGCAAGAAAGCCGCGUUCUCGUCCUGUGACCGAUGAAACAAGAAUUUGUGGAAAUGGUAAGCUUAUGCCACCUUUAGCAGAACUCGAGGCAAUGUUUGAUGAUUCUGAUGAUGACAGUAAUGCGCAACCCAUUCCCACACAAAAUAUAGAAUUAACUUCUCCUAAAACAAUGCAGAAAAUUACAAGCAAAUUAAUGGAUAUUGUUACAAAUUUACCUAAUCAUAUUAAUCUUAUUGAACAAGAUCCUGCACCGCCUAUUAUUUCAUCCAAAAAAAGAAAGAAACCUGAUGUGCCUUAUGUUGUGGGUUGUAAAGAUCGCCCUAAAAUUCCAUACCGUCCAUCAGUAAACUUUUGUAAAGGUCAUGAUUAUAGAAUUGAAAAUUAUGAUGAUGGUGGUCCUAAAAAGCGAGCAAAACGAACAAAAGCUGUAAACAUUUCAAAAUCUAUUUUUAAUGCCAAGAGUGAUGAAAUUGCUACACAUUUAAAAGACUGUGAAAAUGAUAGUGAUGAUAGUAAUAAAACUGUAGAAUAUGACUUUCCAAAUUCAUCUUGGCCACGGUCAUUCUCUCCCUUACCAAGUACAUCAAAAGAUAGUAGUAUCAUUCUGCAAAAUGAAAAAAGAUUUAAUGAUAGUUUAAUGCAAGAGAAAAUUUCUGAUGACCAUGUAAAUGAUGUUGAAGCUAUUGAAAUACCAUGUGAGACUAUUAUACUUGAUGAUGAACCAGAUGUAAAGAAGAAAACAAAACCAAAUAUAAUAUCAGAAGAAAUUAUACUAGAUGACUCUGAUGAUUAUUUAGAAAUAGUAGAACCUAUCAAUACAUAUACUACGAAAUGUGAAAAUGUUGGUACAACAUCUUCAAUUAACAUUGAUUAUUAUAAUUCAGACUUUAACCAGAGCUGUGAGGAGAUCACAGAAGUAAUAAAUGUAGAUGAUGUUAUUGCUGAAAAUCAAGCCAUUAUUAAAAGAUUCUCUCAAGUUGAAAGUCUAAAUUCUGUAACUAAUGUUGAUAUUGCUGAAUUAAAUAGUUCCAUAAUUAAUAAUGAUACUGUUAUAAUUAAUGAAAGUGUAAUUUCAAAUAAUAAAAUGGCAAAUACUACAAAAAAAGAACAGUCUUUACAACUUAACGAUAAUGAACAAAAUGCUUCCAAUGUAUCUAUUACAAACAGAUAUAAAAAUUAUAAAGCAAUUUAUAAAAUAGUAACAGACUUCUUUUCUGGCAAAGCUACUGACAAUGUAAAUAAUACCAAUAGCAUUAUUAAAUUAACUGGCCUAGAUCAUUUAUUGAUUAAGUUUAAUGAUUGGUUGAAGACUUUUAAUUUUAAUAAAAUUAUUGAUAAAAGCAAGACAGAAACUAAUAUUUCAUCUUCUUCUGGGUAUGAGAGUAAUGAUAUUAUUACUAUAGAUGAUAAUACAUUACCAACACCAAACACUAACGAAAUUUUGAAUUUACCAAAUCAAUACACUAAUGAACACACAAUAAUAAAUUUGGAUAAUAUUGUCAGCAAUGACAUUGUAACAUCUAGUGUGCAAGAUUUUAGAAGACUAAGAAAAAAUAAGAAACUCAAAAAUAAAUCACAAUCAUUAUCAACUAUUUUACCAAAUCACACACAAUUGCCACCGUUUAUGAGAUCCCAAACAAAUGCUCCACCUAAGGGUAUUGGUGAUUGUCCAAUUUGUAUGGAUAGUCUUGCUAAUAACUCAGUAGCUUCAACAUUAUGUGGGCAUGUGUUCUGCAUGGAAUGUAUAAAAGCUGCUAUUAAAACUAGUGGCAAAAAAUGUCCAACUUGCAGGAAAGUGCUGAAAGGUGUAGGUUAUCACCAAUUAUUUUUGUAAUUAUCUAUUAUCUGUUAGUACAGUCACAUUCUAUCUAUCACAAUUACCUUCUACUUUAUUUCAAAAUAUAAUGAAUA